AUGCCGCGGUAUCUUGCAGCAAUGACGUGUCACCUCUUUGUAUAUUGCUCUCAAGCUACUUUGAGCGAGACUUCUCAGACUAAGUGGAACGAAGCGCACAGCAGCGCGGCUCGUGGUGCACUUCAAUUGAUCAUGAUGAUGGCUAUGAUUCCAUCGCCUGUGGUAUCGUGGUCUAGCCCAAGUCCGGCAAAGAUGCGCCUCGUCGGCAACGAGCACGAUCCUAGGGCGAGAUCGUCAUCGUCACCAAUGCCUGUGCAGCGGCUGCUCAAAGUGGUCCAUGUUCCAUACGCCCACGUCAGAUGUACCCCCUUCUGUCUACCUUCAGAAGGCGACAAAGAUGCUAUAAUGAGAAUCAUAAGAAAUCAUAGCAGCCAGGAAACGUUUUCACUACCCUUGCUCUGUAUUGGCCAGGCCGGAGCUAAUGGAGGCCGAGUAGACAGAUGUAUAGGAGUGGGAGGGCUGGGGCCACGUGUAGACGGACCAACAGCAGCCAUGCCCAGCGCUCUUGUGUGA